UGAGACGGUUAGACAAUAAUACAACUGGUGAUGGAAAAUUUCUUCGAGGCAGCGAAGGUAGAAAGUUCUACCAUUCGAAAACCUGCCCUAUACUCAAUGGUUAAACCUUGUUUUUUCACACUCCUUUUCUAAAUGCUAUAUCUCAUGGAUGUAUUUUUCAUCAGUAAUAGUUGACAGCAUUCGUCAACAACAAUCUCUUAGUGAAGGCAGAACCUUGGUUUCAAGAGGAGGAAGCUUUGAGCUGGGUUUCUUCACUCCAGGCACUUCCAAUAAUAGUUACUUGGGAAUUUGGUACAAGAAAAUCCCUGUAAGAACUGUUGUUUGGGUUGCAAAUCGAUGCAACCCAAUCAAUGAUUCUUCUGGCUUGUUGACCAUAAACAGCACAGGCAAUCUUGUUCUUCUGGGUCAGAAUAAGAGUCUGGUUUGGUGGUCGCUCUCACAAAAACAAGUCCAGAAUCCAUUGGUACAAAUCCUUGACUCUGGAAACCUUGUUAUAAGAGACGAAAAUGAUGAAAAUCCAGAAGCUUAUCUGUGGCAAAGCUUUGAUUAUCCAUCUGAUACAUUGUUACCAGACAUGAAGAUGGGAUGGGACUUGAGGACAGGUCUUAAGAGGGGUCUAUCAGCAUGGAGGAGUCCAGAUGAUCCAUGUCCUGGGAAUUUCACUUAUGGGAUUGAGCUAGGACCUCAUACAUAUCCUGAAGCGUAUAUCAGGAAAGACAAUGCAAAAUACUAUCGUACGGGUCCAUGGAAUGGUCUUAGAUACAGUGGUUCACCAGAACUAAAACCCAAUCCCCUUUAUGGUUUUCACUUUGUUUAUAACGAUGAUGAAGUGUAUUAUAUGUACAACCUCGUGAAUAAGUCUGUCAUAACAAGAAUUGUUCUGAACCAAACAUCUAGUUUCCGUGAACGUUCUACAUGGAUUGAAGCAGAACGAAAUUGGAAGCAAUAUUCUUCAGUACCUAGAGACUACUGUGAUAAUUAUGGCCUUUGUGGAGCCAAUGGAAAAUGCAUCAUUGGCCAGAAUCCGGUCUGCGAAUGUCUACAAGGGUUCAAGCCUACAUCUCAGGGAAACUGGAAUAUUAUGGAUUGGUCUCAAGGAUGUGAACGCAAUGUACCACUGAACUGCCAGGAGAAACACAGUGAUGGGUUUGUCAAAUUUGUUGGCGUAAAAUUGCCAGAUACGACUUUUACCUGGGUGAACAAAAGCAUGAAUCUCCAGGAAUGCAGGGCCAAAUGCUUGAACAAUUGUUCUUGUAUGGCUUUUGCAAAUUCAGAUAUUAGUGGCAAAGGUAGUGGCUGUGUCCACUGGUUUGGUGGUCUCGUAGAUAUAAGAGGAUUUCCCGAGGGUGGACAGGAUCUACAUAUUCGAAUGCCUGCUUCUGAACUAGAAAAAUAUAGGAAAACAAGAGGUGAUGAUAAGGUGAAGAAAGCACUGAUAGCUGUAGCUGUCGUUGGAGUAGUAUCUGGUAUCCUCUUUCUUGGCUUUUACAUUCGCCGAAGCAGGAGAGCCGCCUUGAAAGAGAAUACAGAGGAAAAUGGAAUAGAACGUCAGCACAAUGGGGACCAAAACGAAGACCUGGAGCUCCCAUUGUUUAACCUUUCAACAAUAGUAACUGCAACUGAUAAUUUUUCAUUGAGAAAUAAGAUCGGGGAAGGUGGUUUUGGACCUGUAUACAGGGGUAUGCUGGAAAACGGACAAGAAAUUGCGGUGAAAAGGCUUUCAAUUUGCUCUGGACAAGGAGUGAAUGAGUUUAAGAACGAAGUAAUAUUGAUUGCCAAACUUCAGCAUCGGAAUCUUGUAAAGCUUCUUGGUUGCUGCAUUCAGGGAGAAGAAAGAAUGCUGGUAUAUGAAUAUAUGCCCAACAAAAGCCUGGACUCUUUCAUUUUUGAUGAGAAGCAAGUUAAAUCAUUAGAAUGGUCUCAAAGAUUCCAAAUCAUAUGUGGAAUUGCUCGGGGGCUUCUUUAUCUCCAUCAGGAUUCCAGAUUGAGAAUUAUCCAUAGAGAUCUAAAAGCAAGUAAUGUUUUACUUGAUAAAGACAUGAACCCUAAGAUUUCAGGCUUUGGCAUGGCAAGAAUCUUUGGUGGAGAUCAAACAGAAGGAAACACAAACAGAGUAGUAGGAACAUACGGCUAUAUGGCACCAGAAUAUGCUUUUGAUGGGCAGUUCUCAAUAAAAUCUGAUGUCUUUAGCUUUGGGAUAUUGAUGUUGGAGAUUAUAAGUGGAAAGAGAAGCAGAGGAUAUCAUUAUCAUAACCACGGAGUUACUCUCAUUGGCUAUGCAUGGACAUUGAUGCAAGAAGGCAGACCAAUUGAGCUGAUUGAUGCAUGGAUGAACGAUUACUCACAGAAUCUGUCGGAAAUAUUGCGUUGCAUCCAUGUUAGUGUCUUAUGUGUGCAACAACGUCCUAUGGAUAGACCCAGCAUGUCAUCUGUGGUUCUGAUGCUGAGUAGUGAGGGUGCUUUGCCUGAGCCCAAAACUCCUGGUUAUUUCACGGAAGGAGAUCUUCAUUUAGCAGAAACAGAUUCUUCCUCAAUUGACAGCAUUCGUCAACACCAAUCCCUUAGCGAAGGCAGAACCUUGGUUUCAAGAGGAGGAAACUUUGAGCUGGGUUUCUUCACUCCAGGUACUUCCAAUAAUAGUUACUUGGGAAUUUGGUACAAGAACAUCCCUGUAAGAACUGUUGUUUGGGUUGCAAAUAGAUGCAACCCAAUCAAUGAUUCUUCUAGCUUGUUGACCAUAAACAGCACAGGCAAUCUUGUUCUUUUGGGUCAGAAUAAGAAUCUGGUUUGGUGGACUAGCUCAGUAAAACAAGUCCAGAAUCCGUUGGUAGAAAUCCUAGACUCUGGAAAUCUUGUCCUUAGAGACGAGAAAGAUGAAAAUCCAGAAGCUUAUCUGUGGCAAAGCUUUGAUUAUCCAUCUGAUACAUUCUUACCAGACAUGAAGAUGGGAUGGGACUUGAGGAUGGGUCUUAAGAGGGAUUUAUCAGCAUGGAGGAGUCCAGAUGAUCCAUGUCCUGGGAAUUUCACUUAUGGGAUUGAGCUAGGACCUCAUACAUAUCCUGAAGCAUAUGUCAGGAAAGACAAUGCAAAAUACUAUCGUACAGGUCCAUGGAAUGGUCUUAGAUUCAGUGGUGCACCAGAAUUAAAGCCCAAUCCCCUUUUUAGUUUCCACUUUGUUUAUAAUGAUGAUGAAGUGUAUUACACGUACAGCCUUCUCAAUAAGUCUGUCAUAUCAAGAAUUGUUUUGAACCAAACAACUAGUGUGCGUGAACGUACCAUUUGGAUCGAAGCAGAACGAACUUGGAAGCAAUAUUCUUCAGUACCUAGAGACUAUUGCGAUACUUAUCGCCUCUGUGGAGCCAAUGGAAAAUGUAUCAUUGGCCAGAAUCCGGUCUGUCAAUGUCUACAAGGGUUCAAGCCUAAAUCUCAAGGCAAUUGGAAUACCAUGGAUUGGUCUCAUGGAUGUGAACGCAAUGUACCGCUGAACUGCCAGGAGAAACAAAGUGAUGGGUUUGUCAAAUUUGUUGGCUUGAAAUUGCCAGAUGCUACUCUUACCUGGGUGAACAAAAGUAUGAAUCUCCAGGAAUGCAGGUCCAAAUGCUUGAACAAUUGUUCUUGUACGGCUUUUGCUAAUUCAGAUAUUAGUGGAAAAGAUAUUGGCUGUGUCCAUUGGUUUGGUGGUCUGGUAGAUAUGAGAGGAUUUCCUGAAGGCGGACAGGAUCUACACAUUCGAAUGCCAGCUUCAGAGAUUGAAAAAUAUAGGAAAGCAAAAGGUGACAGUAAGGUGAAGAAAGCAGUGAUAGCUGUAGCUGUCAUUGGAGUAGUAUCUGGGAUACUCUUUCUUGGUUUUUACAUUCGCAGAAGCAGGAAAGCUGCUUUGAGAGAGAAUGCAAGGGGAAAUGAAAUAGAAAACUGGCACAAUGGGGACAAAAAUGAAGACUUGGAGCUCCCAUUGUUUGACUUACCGACAAUAGUAACAGCAACUGAUAAUUUUUCAUCUGGAAAUAAGAUCGGGGAAGGCGGUUUUGGACCUGUAUACAGAGGUAUACUGGAAAACCGACAAGAAAUUGCAGUCAAGAGGCUUUCAACUUGCUCCGGACAAGGAAUGAGCGAGUUUAAGAAUGAAGUAAUACUAAUUGCCAAACUUCAGCAUCGGAAUCUGGUAAAGCUUCUUGGUUGCUGCAUUCAGGGAGAAGAGAGAAUGCUGGUUUAUGAAUAUAUGCCCAACAAAAGUUUGGACUCUUUCAUUUUUGAUGAGAAGCAAGGUAAACUAUUAAAAUGGUCUCAGAGAUUCCAAAUCAUAUGUGGAAUUGCCCGGGGACUUCUUUAUCUCCAUCAGGAUUCCAGAUUGAGAAUUAUCCAUAGAGAUUUGAAAGCAAGUAAUGUUUUACUUGAUAAAGACAUGAACCCUAGGAUUUCAGACUUUGGCAUGGCAAGAACCUUUGGAGGAGAUCAAACGGAAGGAAACACAAACAGAGUAGUAGGAACAUACGGCUAUAUGGCACCAGAAUAUGCUUUUCAUGGGCAGUUCUCAAUAAAAUCUGACGUCUUUAGCUUUGGGAUAUUGAUGUUGGAGAUCAUAAGUAGAAAGAGAAGCAGAGGGUAUCAUUAUCAUAACCACGGAGUUACUCUCAUUGGCUAUGCAUGGACAUUGAUGCAAGAAGGCAGGCCAAUCGAACUGAUUGAUGCAUGGAUGAGCGAUUACUCACAGAAUCUGUCGGAAAUAUUGCGUUGCAUCCAUGUUAGUCUCUUAUGUGUUCAGCAACGUCCUAUGGAUAGACCCUGCAUGUCGUCAGUAGUUCUCAUGUUGAGUAGUGAGGGUGCUUUGCCUGAGCCCAAAACUCCUGGUUAUUUCAUGGAAGCAGAUCUUCAUUUAACAGAAACAGAUUCUCCCUCAAGUAAAUUUGUAACCUCUUCCACAAAUGAUAUGUCCAUAACAGUAAUGGAGGCUCGAUAAUGAUGAGAAUUCUGUAAUUGUUUCAUGCAUUA